GUAGUAGGUACGCUUGUUUUAAGCGUCGGGUGGUCUGGUGCAAACGUUUUGUCAACCUGAAGUUUUUUUCGUUUUGUACAUAACAAAAAUAAUGGCCAUUCGCGAGGUUUCAACCUGUAUCUGAAUUUUAAUAAUUAAUUAAAUUUUUUGUUGUCAUUCGGUUAAAAAUUGGCCUCUUAACUUUGUUUUUGGGCUUGUGUAUUUGGAAGCCAGCUGUUGGUGGAGGUAAUGCACCACAAAUUUGUCGACCACUAAAGAUAGAAGAAGAAACACGGAACUGUUAAACAGCAUCAUGUUAAUUCAUGCCUGUAACUCUUAAACUAGUGUUCAGCUUUAGGACUAUUUUAUCCUGUUUGUGCCAAGCAACACAAUGGCGUCUGAUAGGCACCAUUGUUCAUGUUGCUCCCAUCCAGUCUCCUCUCCCAGUGUUUACCAGACGCUGAAUGAAAUGGAUUUUGAACGAGGUAUCUGGUCUGCUGCAAUGGAUGGGGACUUGGAGAAGGUCAAGUACUUGAUCCAGAAGGGCACAGACCCUAACUUGAGAGACUCGGCUGGAUACACAUCUCUGACACCAGGCGGUGCCACACCGCUCCAUCGAUCAGCUUACUGCGGUCAUCUGGAUGUGGUUAGACUCCUACUGCACCACAGAGCAGAUCCAGUGCUCUGUGAUGAUGAUGGUGCAUGCCCUUUACAUAAGGCUGCAGAAUGCGGUCAUGAAGAAGUGUGUCAGCUGCUUCUUGAGCAUUGUCCAGCACUCUGCAGCCAGGUGAACAAGAGGCUCCAGCUACCCUACCAGCUGGCACCUCAGGGAGAUCUGCAGGAGCUCUUAAAACCACCUCGGUGACAACAAGACACACUAUAUGCAUCUAUAGCAUCUAUGCUAUAGAAACCUGUAAAACCUUGAUGUUGUGUUGCUGCAAUUGUUAAUGAUCUCACUGUGGAAUUAGCCUGACAUACAGAAGUUCAAUACAAGAGCAGAGCAGGCGUACAAGUUAACUACAGACAGACAGACAGGUACAACAGUCAGUUAUGAGUGCAGAAGUUUCACUUUGAAAUGAAUGCACUUAAACCCACAAUGUAUGGAAUUUGAAAUGAUCUGACUUUGAAAGGGCAGAAAGCAACGCAUAAACACUAAUGCCAUCAGAAUCUUUUGAAAGACACCAUAAUGACAUAAGAUUUCUACACAAAGCGCAACAUUUUGAGUCAGAAAGCUCCUAGAGCAUCCUGGAAGCUCCUUAUAAGUGGCUUAGGGUUGAUGGGUAGGAGUCACAUGGUUGUUAGUCACAUAUUACAUUUGUUCAGUGCAGUGCAAACACCAGCAUUUACUCCCACUGCAGCAUUAAUGAUUGUUUACUUUGAACACGUGUUAAUGUGUGUGUUUGCCAAGGCAGUCUGUAUUAAAACUGGAGGCCAACA